AUGCUUAUGUAUAGGCGAACUGAUACUCUCGAAGUAGUGGGAUACUCUGACUCCGACUUCGGUGGCUGCAUUGAUUCACGAAAAUCCACCUCAGGAUAUGUGUUUAUGCUAGCUGGUGGUGCCGUUUCUUGGAGGAGUGCGAAGCAGACUUUAACUGCUCCGUCGACUAUGGAGGCUGAGUUCGUAUCUUGUUUUGAGGCUACCUCACAUGGUGUUUGGCUGAAAGGUUUCAUAUCUGGGCUAAGAGUCAUUGACUCUAUCUGUCGACCAAUAAGAAUGUAUUGUGAUAAUUCAGCUGAUGUCUUUAUGGCUAAGAACAAUAAGAGUGGAAGCCGAAGUAAACACAUCGACAUUAAAUUUUGA